CUGCCGGCCGCCAUCUGCGUGCGUCACUACCCGCCCCUCUCCCCGCCAGCCCGGCCACCCUCGCCCCGCUCCCCGCCGCCGCCCUCGCCCCGCUCCCCGCGCUCCCCCCGCUCGCCGCCGGUCGAAGUCGCUGCUCGUGCCAGGACGCCGGGCGUGAGGUCCAGAUGUUCCUCCGCCGCUCCCGCCACGCCGCCAUACUGCGGCGAGUCCUCGCAGACGAGGCGAUCCAUAGAUAGAAUAGACUUUACUAAAUUCGUGUACAAGAACCGUUCACCGAGCACGCCGCCGAGCUCGCCGUGUUGUGAUCGAGCCGAGGAGCUGUCUAACGCGACCCCGCCGUCGAGACCGCCCAGCCCUCCCAGCCCGCUGUCUCUGUCGGAGGACUGCACCAAACAACCUCUCAUAUCGCCGAUGCCGGACACCGAAUCUGAGACGUCGAAUUUGUAA